GUGAAAUAAACAUGACUGGUCGCUUGUACAAUUAUCCGCUCCUCCGUCGUGGACCGAAAAAGCCAAAUGUAAUAUUCACGCACCACCUGUGAUCACCGGAGGCUAAAAAAAUAAUCCAGUCGUCGUGAACAAAUCCAUGUUCAUCGUUCAUUCCGUGUGUUCCUGCUGAAUGUUAAAUGUGUUCGUUCCGAGUGUUAAAAAGAGAAAAUAAUAGUGCAUUAAUCAAAUUUAACCUGUUGUGCUGCCAACGUACAUCUGACCGAUAGUAAUCUCAUUAUCAAAUAUGUUGGAAUACUUUCACCGUGCCACCGCGGAAUACUGAACAAAUAACAUAUUCUCAACUCUUCUGUGAUAACGGGCCAAUCGCCAGCCAAUAACAAAUAAAGGCUAAUUAUAAACCGAUUUAUCGCUGGGGCUCCUUCGUGUUACUUUAAUUGUUAAUUAUGAAUUUUAAUUGAUGAAAAUCGGGGAGGCGAAGGCAAUAUGGUAGCAGCUGGGGCGACAGCUCUGAUGGCUGCUGGUGACAGCGGUACAUCAAAAACAGCUGAUAACGGGGUGCAGGAGGGACAGUUGAGCGGCGAGGGCGAGAGGAGGAGGACUUCUGCUUUUGCUACAAGGAGGAAGGACAGCUCAAUCACACCAAAUAAGACUGCAUCAAUUCGAGAGACGAAGACAUCUAGACUUAGAGCCGCAUCAAUCGUGUCUCCCACAGAUACUUCAACAGUCAGAAAGCCUGGGCUAUCGGAGACAGUUCCAACGUCACGCAGUUCUCCCCACACGUCAAGCAGUAACUUAUCAACAACUCAGAGAACAACUCGAGCCAGCGGAAUACCGCAGACAUUUUCACGGGAGAGGGAGAGACAUCGACAGGCCUCCAGCAGAGGGGCGGAUGUCCAUGAAAAAUUGAUGGAGGCGAGUGCUGGUGAGCGCCUCUCGACCAGACGUUCAAAAAAGCCCUCAAAGCCCUCGACCACGACCCCUCCCACGCCAAAGCCCUCGCGCCCCCCCUUCGCCGGGCACUCGACGCCCUCGCGCCCCUCAUCAAUCCCCACCUCCCUGAGAGCCUCCCCGCACUCCCCGUCCUUCACCUCCGCGGAGGUUCUCCAGCGCGUGGACGCCCUCACAGCCCUCACGCGUGCGACAAUGGAGCGAGUGGAGAGGCUCGCGUCCUCCUCCCCCCACUCCUCCGUCCCCCUCCCGACGCCGCGUGACCCUGGAGUAAAAUUAUCCCCAAGAGCAGCCGCCAAAAGACCCACCGACGACUCAAAAUCCUCCCCCAACCAGAAUCACCACCCCCUCCCCCCAGUCUCGAUCCUGAAACACAAGACGUCAGAUCCCCCAGAGCCGGAAACAGUAUCGAAUCCACUGCCAACAGUAGCAUUUAACCUCUCGGACUCCCAGAACAACAACCCCGCGUCGACGAAAAAGCACGGAAUCCUAAAGAAACGAAGUAGCCUCGACGAGAGCGAGAUCCUCCGUCGGAACAGCAGUUCCCCAGACUCGAUCCUAGUCAGUCCGGACUGUCCGUCCCCCCCAGACACCGACUUCCGCUCGAUCCUAAAGUACGAGAGACGAUCGUCUCUGGACGAACUCGUGAAGCGACCGAGUAUUGAGCACAAUCCGCCGUCAAUCCUGAAGAACAGAUGGUCAAGAUCGAACGACGAGGAGGAUCAGACGAGCGAGCGCCAGGGGAUCCUGAAGAAGCACCCCCAGAGCAUAGCGGACGCAGUGGCAAAGAGCCUCGGCGUCACGUGGACGGAGCUGGAGUCCGUGGACCGCAAGUCCGCGGAAGUUCGUCCGAUCCUGAAGAAGAAGCUGUCGCACGACGAGUCGUCCUCCUCGGACCCCCCGUCGCUGGAGCCUCGGCCGAUCCUGAAGAAGAAGUCGAGCACAGAUUCCGACGAGCACGACGACAGACCGAGGAAGACGAUCCUCAAGUACUCGUCGAGAAAGAACUCCGAGGACUCGAGCCACGAGUGCGAGACAGCUCCGAAUUCCCCGAAGAAGCUGUCGGUUCUCAAACAGCACUCCCUCCAGAGGCGGACGAACAGCCUUCCGGAGUGCGACACCCUGACCGUCAAACCGAUCCUCAAGAACUCCAGAUCGCGAUCGAUCCAGAGCACCUCGUCAUCGCCGAGCAGAGAACUGUUCAUGAGGAAGCGAGCGCGAUCUGUGGGGCAUGAGCAGACGGACGGAAAGGACUGGCUGGAUCCGUGGGAGGGGAUCAGAAGGGAAGGAUGUGGUGGCGAUAGCGGUGGGACGGAUAUUGAGAGCGAUCCGGUGGUGACGUUCGAGUUCCCCGAGGACUCGAAGCCCAACGACAACCCCAGACUGGGUUUCAGUAGCGAGGAGGCAGCUGUCAGAAGACUGGACGAUUACUCCGCCAAAGUGAGGCGCGACAAGCGCGUCUCAAGGCGGUUCAGAGAUCGCAGGGAAAUGAGUCAAUUAUCGUCGAUCAGGCGGGAUGGGGGGGACGAGGGGAGCAAGACUGUUGUCGUUGGGUUCGAGGGGGGGGCCGGGAGGGGUGAGGGAAGCGGGGAGAGUCCGAGGUUUUGCACGCAACCGGUGACUUGUCAGGAGGUGCGGGAGGCAGCGGACCUCAUUAAGGGGGAGAAUGGUCUGGGAGGGUCCGGCAGGGAUCUGGGGGAUCCUGGGGAUCCCUCGAAACUGAGUAUUGCUCAAAGAGUCGCGCUGUUCAAUCGCAAGAUUGCCACUGAGAGCGCGGAGAGGGCGGGGUUGUGCGUUGAGAGAGGACAGAGGAGGGCUUUCAGCCGGUUUAGAACACAGCCUGUUACGUCGGAGGAGGUCGAGGACGCCGCUAGGCAUGUUCCGAAUCCACUAGUCACGGAUGGCGAUGGGAGACAGACGCCUGGGAGACUGCUAAAUGUUAAAAACCACGAUACACCAAAAAGUAUCCUAAAAUCAUCAAGUUCCUAUACUGUAUGCAACCUAAGUCAUCGUUCAUCAUCAAAGAAAUUGGACUUACGAACGGAUUUAUCCCAGGAGUUGGCAGAGAUAUCUGUCAAUGUGUCAACGUCAGCGGAGACGUACAGUGACACCAUGAAGAGAUACAUUGGAUGUACAGUGCCUUCUUAUGACUACACUGAUAAUAAAAUUGAUAAAAAUUGUGGUUACAAUGAAAAAAUAAUUGACAGCGUUAGUUGUGAUAAAGGAUCACGUGGCAAAACUGUGAGUGAUCCAUUGGAUAACAGGAGUUUUAAGGGAAUUGGUACAACACAGAGUUUGGAUUUUCCGGGUGUCAGUAUCGCCGAUCGUUUGGCAGCAUUGAAACGCAGUGGAUCAACUGAUUGGAAGCGUCGAGUUAUUUCGGAGUCACUACCACCUUCGAUAGUCGUAGAGAGGCCGAUGGAAAAUGAUAAGGCCGACGUCAAGAGUGAUAUUUGUCAGAAAGAAAGGGAGGAGUGUGUGAUCAGUCAGAAAAAAUUGGCGGAUCGUCUCGAAAAAUUGGAAUCAGCCGCUGAAGGAUGGAGAAAGCGAGUUGCCACUGCCGAUGCAGUGAAAUUCUCCGUCGCGGGAAAGAUGAAAUUUGAUCAGAUCGACACAAUCAGUCACAAUUCAAAGCCAGUGUUCGAAUCGAUGGGGAACUGCAGCGGCGUUGAGAGGAAGAAGAAGACUCCACACAAGAGGGAUGACGCCAGGAGGGGGGUUCCAGAUAUUGUUGUGGGUGGAGACAGCAGCGAUGCUGGUGACAGGAAAAUAUCGAGAGUCCUCACGUACAAUAACGGAGACUUGGAAACCCACGAGACAUCAAUCCAGCACAUUCCAAACCCCGCGGACGAGACCUUCACCGCCUUCUUCGACGGCAUUUCCUUCGAGAAGUCCCAGGAGGAGACGAUCGCCAUCACAGAAUCGGACUUUGACUUCAUAACUCCCUCCUCGGAGAAGUUGUGUUCAAGAAAAACGACCCAGGUGCAGCGUCGCAAGGUGUCGACACACCACAACCCCUUGAAGGCCCUGGCCGCCCGCACAGACCUGAAAUCCGAGUACACAGAGGUAAAAACAGGAGUGGCUGAACGCCUGAUGAAGCUGAAGAACCUAGAAAAAUUGGGUAAGAAUUCCUCGCUGGCAGUGGAGGCCCUGGCAGGUCUGGCCUCCACCGAGAGCUUCACGUCGAUCUCCCUGAAGGCCACUGACGACUCCUCCAACGGCUUCACCAAGUUCCACCCCAAGGACUCCCACCUCUUCCUCGUCCUCAUCAAGGGCAGAAGACACGUCCAAGUGCGACUGGUGGAGCCCUCGAUAUCCAGCCUCAACUCGGGGGACAACUUCAUUUUAGUCAGUAAAGCCGAGAUCUACCACUACAUCGGAAAAUACAGCAAUGUGAUCGAGAAGUCGAGGGCGACAGAGAUAGCCCUCAGCAUCCAGCAGCACAAGGACCUCGGCUGCAAGGCCCCGAGGGUCGUGACCCUGGACGAGCAGAAGUGCCUGAAUACCUCGGAGAAGACCCUCACCUCGGACUUCCAGAGGUUCUUCAGCCUUCUGGGUCACUCCUCGUCGUCUCCACCGGACGUGGCAGAUGCCGGACACCCCGACGAGGACGAGCAGUACGAGUCAGCGUUGAUCGACACCAAUGUUGUGUACGAUGUCUCGAACAACGAGCUGAUCCCUCUGGAGAAGUACUGGGGGGCCAUCCCCAAGAUCAAGAUGCUGGACCCCAGCAAAAUCCUCAUCUUCGAUUUUGGCUCGGAGUUGUAUAUCUGGAAUGGCAAGUGUGCGCCGGUGGAGUCGAGGAGGUCCUCGUUGAAACUGGCUGAGGCCCUCUGGGGCGAGGGCUACGACUACUCCGACUGCGCCAUUUCCCCGGUUGAUGCCGCACGAAUGAUCGGCAGGAGGACCGGGGCUGACGGAGGGUCGAGGAAGGGCAGGAGACCUGGGUGGUGCCUCUCGGCGAAGCUCACUCAGCACAUGGAGACCGUUCUCUUCAGGGAGAAGUUCCUCGACUGGCCGAACUCAUAUGGCAUCAUCAAGUGCAGGAAACCUCCGGAGGAGAAGGACAAGGUGGACGGGAAGAUCGUGAUAGCCCCCCCGGAGCUCUCCGCCAUGAUGAAGCCCCCAAUCCCCCGAGUGGACCUCGUCCUGGAGGGCUGCCACCUGGGCAGAGGCACCGGCUGGUCCGACGCGGAGUUCAGUCGCGAGUACCUGGUGACGACGCGGGAGGUAACAGUCUGGCACAUCGACGAGCACUCCUACUCCAAGCUGGAGGCGGCCUCAGCUGGGCAGUUCUUCAGCGGCGACUCCUACAUCAUCCGCUGGAUGUACCUGAUCACGGUGACGGGGAGAGAGCUGUCGGGACAGCCUUCCAAGCACGCGGUCGAGGGCCGGGACAGGUGUGCCUACUUCAUCUGGCAGGGGAAGAACGCCUCCCUGAACAAGCAGGGAACAGCCGCCCUGCUGACGGUUGAGCUCGACAAGGAGCAGGGGCCGCAGGUGAGGAUCGUCGAGGGGUUCGAGCCCCCCGCGUUCCUCAACCUGUUCAGGGGGGCCAUGGUUAUUCACACUGGGAAGAGGGCUGAGCAGAGCUGGGGGGAGGGGGUCAGGGCGUUCUUCUGCAGGGGCAGCAGAGAGGGGGAGACGUCCCUCCUGGAGGUGCCGUUUUCCUCGAGGCAACUGAGGACGAGGGGCUGUCUCCUCUUCGUCGAUGGCCGGGAGGGGGUCGUGUACGUCUGGUACGGGAGGAACUGCCUGUCCAGGGGGAAGCAGAAUGCCUUCCACGCGGCCGAGGCUCUGAGGGAGAGGAAGCCCCUGGAGAUGGGGCUCGAGGGGAAGGAGGUGAGGGUCGUCGAGAUUGAGGAGGGGGAGGAGCCGGAGGAUCUCUUCGGGGGGGGAAUGCACAGGAAAUUGUAUGGGACCAUCAGCAGGAAGGUCUCCAGGCACACCCCCAGGAUGUUUCAUUUCUCGAGUGUCUCAGGGGAGUUCAGCGUGGCGGAGGUCCUCUGCCCUCAGAGGGACGAGGAGAACACCGCCUUUCCGUUCCUGCAGGAGGAACUCUAUCAGGCUAGUCAGCCCGCACUCUUUCUGCUGGAUAAUGGGGAGGAACUGUGGCUGUGGCAGGGCUGGUGGCCCAAUACUGGGGAGGAGGAUCAGACUGGCAGUGGGGCUGUCAGGUGGCAGGCUGAGAGGAGGGCUGCCAUGACUGCGGCUGUUGAGUACUGGGGGGAGGGCAGGGGGGGCAAGAGCAGCGCGAUUUAUCUGGUCUGGGCUGGCCUGGAACCACUUGAGUUUAUCAAUCUUUUUCCCACUUGGGGGAAUCGCGAUGACAUUGCUGAGUUAAAUAUGAAGGAUGGUCGAGGCCCCGGGGAAAUGCUGUCCCUGGAGAACGAGCUGACUCGUCUGACUCAAAGUACUUAUCCACCAGCUCAAUUGUUACAACGACCGUUGCCCGAGGGAGUUGAUCCAACGAGUCUAGAGUUGUAUCUAUCUCCUGCCCAUUUUCAGGAACUAUUGGGAAUGAGCAUGGAAGACUUCCAAAAGCUGCCGUCGUGGAAGCAGAUAGAAAUAAAAAAGAAAAUAGGGCUUUUCUGACGUCAAUUCGUCAACACGUGUAAAUUAUUCUCCAAGUAUUUAACGUAACGAAAGCAUGUCUCAAAAAAAAAUUUUAAUAAUUCACGACUCGCCUAAUUGUCCCCCAAUGAUCAAAGAGAUGUUCCCAUUUAUCAAACCGAUAUCGCAAAAGGCUACUAAAGUAUUAAUCCGAAUCUACAGUAUAGUUUAUAUAUUUUGAAUACAGUGAAAGGAGACAGAUGGAAAUGAAAAAUGAGAAGAACAUAAAUUGGCUUGUGAAUAUCUUACUUAUAUUUGUACGGGUUUUAUAUUUAUCAAUACAUGUGUGUUUUAAAAUUGUUUACCUCGA